CAAAGUGCAGAGCUCAAAGUGAGUCUCUGCAGCUGUGGCUUUGACUUCUGGACGUAUUUGUAAAGAGAUUUGUGAAGCUCGAUUGCUCUGAAUGCAGUGCUGAUGAUGGAGAGCGUGCAGCAGACGAUCACGAGGGUCUCGCAGGAGCUGAACUGCAGUCCCACGUCCCUCAGGGUGGCCGAACAUCUGGACCGACACGAUGAGCUGAGGCUGCUGCGCCAGGAGUACCUCAUACCCAAAAUAUCCGACCUGCCACCGUCGGAUUUGUCACUUGUGGAUGGUUCUGAAGAUUGUAUUUAUUUAGCUGGGAAUUCACUGGGUCUCCAGCCGAAAAACACCAAAAAAUACAUCGAAGAGGAGCUGGAGAAAUGGGCCACAAUUGGUGUCCAUGGUCACCUGAAGGGGUCGCGACCUUGGGCCUGGGCUGAGGAGACCCUGGAGGAGCUGAUGGCAAAGAUCGUUGGUGCUAAACCUGAGGAAGUGGCUCUGAUGAAUGGACUGACAGUCAAUCUGCAUCUUCUGAUGCUUUCCUUCUACAAACCGACUCCAAAACGCUAUAAGAUUCUUCUAGAAGACAAGGCCUUUCCAUCAGACCAUUACGCCAUUGAAUCUCAGAUCCGGCUGAGAGGAUUGGACGUAACCGACAGCAUGCUGAUCAUUACACCAAGACAGGGUGAAGACACCAUCAGGACGGAGGAUAUCGUGUCGGUCAUCGAGCAGGAGGGCGACGCUAUCGCUCUGGUCAUGCUCAGUGGUGUUCAGUAUUACACCGGUCAGCUCUUCAACAUGGAGGCCAUUACCAGAGCAGGACACGCCAAGGGGUGUUUGGUAGGGUUUGAUUGUGCGCAUGCCGUAGGAAACGCAGAACUGCAGCUUCAUGACUGGAAUGUGGAUUUUGCAUGCUGGUGCUCUUAUAAGUAUGUGAACUCAGGAGCUGGUGGUCUGGCUGGAGCUUAUAUACACGAGAAGCAUGCUCACAGCAUCAAACCCACUCUGACGGGCUGGUGGGGACACAACCUGAAGACCAGGUUCCUCAUGAACAACGAAAUGGAGCUUCAGCCUGGGGUUAAUGGAUUCCGUCUUUCCAAUCAGCCUGUUCUACUGGUGUGUCCACUACAGGCCAGUCUAGAGAUUUUUAACCGCACGAGUAUGAAGGAUCUGAGGAGGAAGUCGGUGCUGCUGACGGGGUAUCUGGAGUAUCUGAUCAGACAUUACUACACCAAAGACCCGUCAGCCCCCGAGCAACCCUCGGUUCACAUCAUCACGCCCUCUGACCCCCAGCAGAGAGGCUGUCAGCUGUCUCUGUGCUUCUCUUGUCCAAUCAGAACUGUGUUUCAGGAGCUGGAGAAGAGAGGAGUCGCCUGUGACAUGCGAGAGCCCAAUGUGCUGCGGGUCGCUCCAGUGCCACUCUACAACUCCUUCACCGAUGUUCACCGCUUCAUUACUGCUCUGGGAUCAGCGCUGAGUGCCAGCAGAGCCAGAUAGACACAUGCUAUUGGUGCAACGUGAAGCACUUUUAUUGGCUGCUGUUGCUCGGUGAAGCUGCUCGUUAACACGACGAGAGCAUCGGUGUCCAUUACUGAUGAACCCAGUUUUAUAUGCAAUUGAUUGGAAAACAGCCAAUAAAUGUUUUUCUUGACAUGAGCUAA